CGUACAGGCUCUUGUGAAAAAUCAGAAUGAGGGGUGCUGAGAGGAGACUCCAGGGCAGAUGGGAGCCUCAUGGCUCUUAUCCCUGGACUUCUGGUCUACCCCGGUCCCUUCCUCCAAAGCCCUGUCACUUAAGGCCUGAGCCCCCGGAAAGAGGGAGGAAGGUUGAUUUCAGAUACCACCCCAGCCCCGCCUCUUCCCCUGGUCUGCUCAGCUUCCUCUCUGUGAGGAACACUUUCACUUCCUGCUCCUCCGGGCCUCCCCUCCAUGAACAGGUAGGGGCCCCCAGGGACCGAGCAGCUGGCAUUGUCACCCCUACUGCCUCCUUUGGUAUCAGGCAGCUGUCCCAUCCUGCCCUGCCCAGCACCACCCACCUCUUCCUCCCCCUCUCAUGGGACCCAGAGGCCAGACCAUGGCUCACUGGCCUCCCGCAUCCUGAGGAUGGCCCAGCCAGAGGACAAGGCCUUGGCAGGCCCCACCGACAGGGAGAGGAGAAUGGAGCCAGCGAGACCUGCUUAGGGGUCUUGGGGGCUCAAGAGCCACUCCAUCGCCUGCAGAGGACAUGGGGGGUGUGGCAAGUCCCAGAACUGGAUGCUCAGGAUGCAGAAGCCCUUCUGGAGCUGUGGCCACCGGGGAGUUUCCUGGUCACAGGACAUGACCCCAGCCAAGUCCUGGUGUUGAGGACAGGACCUUCACCAGGCGAAGUCAAUACCUACCAGAUUCAGAAGCUUCCUGGAGGUAUGUCCCUGGAAUCCUCUAACCUCUGCAUGCCAGACCUGCCCCAUCUCCUGGCCUUCCUAUCAGCCAGCAGGGAUGUUUUGCCCAGAACACUGCUUUUACCCCCUCCCACUCUAGUGCCUGAGGAACAUGCAGAUCCUCUGCAGAUUGGCAGUAUCCAACUCAAUGCCUCAGGUAGGGUGCUCUCCGUGGAGAACAAGCUCUACCUGGAAGUCCACAGAGGAUGGACGAUGGAACAGAUCUCCCCAGAGACACCUCCAGUGACUGCCAAGAAACAAGACCCAGCCCCCAGGAAAUCUGCCCCUCACCGGGUCUCCUGGGUAGAAGGCCCACUCAGCCCAGAAGUACACCACUGUGGCCCGGCUCUGGUCAGCUUGGUAGAGGAAGAGGAGGAGGAUUAUGGCUACAAAGAUGAAGAAGAAGGACCUGAGGAUGUGCUUACUCGUCAUGUCCAGGCUCUGGCCAGAGCCCGGAGCAGCUACGUGGCCAGGCAGUUCAGAGGCCUUCAGGCACGCCUCACUUCAGAUGCUGGGGGCCACCACAGGCCUGGGGACCCAGCCACAGAGCUGCUUCAGGAUGUGCGGCACCUGCUUACUGACCUCCAGGAUCACUUAGCAAAGGACCCUGAUGUCAGGGCAGUCUUUGGGAGCAGGGGACCUGGGGUACUCCAGGAGGAGGAGGAUCUUGGCCCCAGAGUGGAGGCGGCCUUGUGCCGGGUGGUACUGGCGCCGCUGAAACCCGCCCUGUGGAAGCGACUCCGCACACUCCGAGCUCCAGCGCUGAGGCGACUGCGGCGGCGACAAAUAGCCCUGCGGGUGGGGGCGGGGCCUCCCGGAGCUCAGGGGGCGGGGCCUGAGGGACAGGGCCCCGCCCCCACCCUGCGGAGCCGCAUUCACGCGCGCCUCGCGCACCUCCACGCCGCUUGCGCCCCACGCCGCAAAGUGGCGCUGCUGCUAGCGGUGUGCAGUGACGUCUAUGCGGGCCUGGCUCCAGGCAAGAACCAAGAGCCUUUGGGGGCCGACGCCUUCCUGCCGGCUCUGACUGAGGAGCUCAUCUGGAGUCCGGACAUUGGGGAGACGCAGCUGGACGUGGAGUUUCUUAUGGAGCUUUUGAAUCCGGAAGAGCUACUGGGAGAAGCCGGGUAUUACCUGACCACGUGGUUUGGGGCGCUGCACCACAUUGCCCACUACCAGUCCGACGCAGAACGCGCGCCCCAGGGGCUCAGCUCCGAGGCCCGUGCCUCCCUGCGCCAGUGGCACCGCAGACGGACGCUGCACCGACAGGAUCGUGCAGGAGCCCAGGCCGAUCUGCCCUUUGAGGAACCAUGGGCAAUAGAGACUGUGCCGCAAGACCGAUGACGAAUUAGGGAUGAUGAAUUGGGGUCUCAAACCUUUGUGUUCCUCAAGCAAGAUGCAGAGGCACCUGGGACAACACCAACUUCUGCCCACUGUGGUUUAGGGGCAG